CAUUGACAGUUACAGUGGCGUCGUUCUCGUCUUCUUGUUCAGCUAUGGUGCAAUGAACUGAAGGUAGAACAAAAGAACCUAAACAAACCUUUGAAAUUAUCGCAGACAGUUAUUGUAGUGUAAUAAAAUGAAGCCUGAAGACGCACCCAAAGAUGAAGAAGAAAAAGCGGAGCCGGAGAGUAGUGAACAACUCGUCGCGGGAGACGUUAUUGGUGAUACUGCUUACAGUGAGCGAUUUGUUUUGAAAAUCCUACUAAAAUUAGCAAAUUUGGAUACUUUAAAAGAAGAAAUCAAGGAAAAAUCCUUCGAAGACGAUCUUUGCACGUUGUGGGAUAUGACUGCUGAGCGGGAUGUGGUUUUAUUCCUUGAAAAACAUGACAUCUUAAAACUCUUCUAUUUCGCUUUACCCGUUAUAGAAUCUCCGCGUUUUAUUGAGAUAAUUGUCGGUAUUAUAGGAAAUUUAUCAUGCCAUAGGAACGUCGUCUCAGAUCUGAUGAAAAUGGAGAAGUUUUUGGAGUUACUUCUUGAUUACAUGAAGAGUGAUGACAGUCUGGUUUUGAUACAAGUGCUGCGACUUGUAAACUCCAGUUUGUUCCUCGCUCCCGACGCUCACGUCACUACUUUGAUGGAUCUUUUCCAAAAGACAGACUAUGCAAGUACUCUUUAUUUCAUUUUAAAGAAUUCUUCAAGUAAAGAAUUGCUUGUGACAGCAAUAGAGAAUUUCAAUACACUGUGCUCAUAUUGUAACACAGAAAAAACCAGAUUGCUUUUCUUUACAAACUUCUUGAAGAAGGAAGCUAUCGAGUCCUUGGUAGCAGGUUUCACCGAGAUUAUUGUGAAUCAGAAGGAUUCCUGUGAGCAAGAUGAACUCGAAAGAGUGCUCGUCAUCACAUUUCAAAUUGUACUAAAUUUGGUAGGCUUCGACAAGUCACAGGACAUUUACAUAGAAUGCGCUGAAGAUGUUGCUAACAUGAUUCACCAAGCUUUAUGCUACUAUGAGAGAAAGUUGAUAAAUCUGAAGGAAAUAGACUCUGAUGUAAUAGAUAUACUUGACUCUAGCAUUACUAUAGUCAAUGUUUUGAAAAUCACUUGUGACCCCAGUAAAUACUUCAAGCCGUGCCACAGAAUGUGGAAGGCAGUGAGUUUGAUAUUAAAAAACACUAAAAAUGGUAACACUUUUGAACAAGAUGAUAGAGAAGAGUUGACUGCAUACACGAGAAACAUUGUGAACCCACUGAGCACUCUUAUUUGUGUAUAUUUGAAGACUUGUACUGAAGAGGAGUUGCACAAGAUCCUGGAUGACAUUGGUGAGGAGUACGAGAGGAUAGUGGGGGGAGUGAAAGACAAGGAGGUUAAAGCUGAAGUCAGUAAAAGGACAGAAAACUAUAGAACCAGGUUAAAGGAGAAUGUAGACUCAUAAUAAAUUUUCAUUGUACCUUU